CAUUAUCCUCUGAGCGGAAGAAGGAAGAGCAGAGGGAAAACAUUCAACUCUUUCAACUAAAAUCCUCCAAAAAAAAAAAAAAAAAAACACAAAAAAAACACAAUCUCUGCCAUGGAUGUCCCCGGUUCGGACAGCGACUGGAGGAGCCCACAGUUCCGACAAAAAGUCGUGGCUCAGAUUGAAGAAGCGAUGAGAAAAGCUGGAAACGCGAACACCACGCACAAGUCCAGCACCGACAUGGAAAACCACGUUUAUGUCAAAGCCAAAACUAGAGAGGAUUAUUUAUCUCUGGUGGCGAGACUGAUCAUUCACUUCAGAGACAUCCAUAAGAAGGCUCUGGGAGGUCCAGAUCCCAUGAAUGCCCUGACUAACCUGACAGGGGUUGGAGGGGGCCCGGGCACCAUUGGCAUGGGGCCCCGCCCCACCGGGGCUCCAGUAGGUGGCAUGGGGGCCAUGGGGCAGAUGCAGAUGGGCCAGCAUGCCAUGGCAGGGGUGGCUGGAAACCCACAAGCCAUAGGGGGUCCAGGCCAGAUGCCCAUGCAGCAGAUGGUGCAGCAGCAGCAGUUCCAGCAGUUCCAGCAGCAGCAACAGCAGCAGACUGCCAUGCAGCAACAGUUUCAGGUGCAGCAGCAGCAGCAGCAGCUGAGGGCGCAGCAGCUGCAGCAGCACCACCAGAACCAGCAGCUCCAGCAGCAGCACCAGAACCACCAGCAGCAGCAGGCCCAGAACCAGCAGCAGCCGAACCAGAUGCACCAGACAAGGAUGCUGCACCUUCAACAUGUUCAGGCUCAGGCCCAAGCUCAAGCUCAGGCCCAGGCUCAGGCUCAAGCUCAAGCUCAAGCACAAGCGCAGGCCCAAGCACAGGCUCAGGCUCAAGCUCAGGCCCAAGCUCAGGCUCAAGCUCAGGCCCAGGCACAAGCUCAAGCUCAAGCUCAAGCUCAGGCCCAGGCACAAGCUCAAGCACAGGCCCAAGCUCAGGCUCAAGCACAGGCCCAAGCACAGGCUCAAGCUCAGGCUCAAGCUCAAGCGCAAGCUCAAGCCCAGGCUCAGGCUCAGGCCCAAGCUCAGGCCCAAGCCCAAGCUCAGGCUCAGGCCCAGGCUCAGGCUCAGACACAGGCCCAGUCCCUUCACCACAUGGUGCAAGUGCAGCAGCAACAGGUUCAGGCUCAGCCUCAGGGUCAGAUGGCUCCACACUCGCAGCAGCAGCAGCUUCCCGGCUUGGUGCCUCAGUCUCUAGCCGGACAAAUGUCAUCGGCCCAGCAUGUUUCCAACCAACUCAGCCAGCAGCAGCAGCAGCAGAAGCAGCCGGCAUUGAAUAAUUACGCUUUCCAGGCUCGUGCAGUCCUGCAGCAGCAACAGGCGCAGCAAGCAGCGCAGCAGGCCGCCGCCCAGGCACAGCUCAAUGCAGCCGCUGCAGCUGCCGGCGCUGUACCUGGACAGCUGGUACGUCCUGAUUCUCUGAUACAGAUUCCGGCCCGGCUGCCUCGAGCUGCCCCGAACGCUUCUAUACCUACUCCAAACGUUGCUGCUGCUGUGGUCGGAGGACAGGCGAUGCCACAGCAGGUGCAACAUGCGAUGAUGUCCUCACCCUCACCUGGUCAGGUCCAGACGCCACAGUCGAUGCUGCCUCCUCCUCAGCCGUCACCACAACCCCCCACCUCACAGCCCAACUCAGCCAGCUCUGGUCCCACUCCCUCUCCAGGAGGCUUUCAGCCCAGCCCGUCUCCCCAGCCCUCACCGAGCCCCGCCAACUCCAGGACCCCCCAGAACUAUGGAGUCCCCUCACCUGGGCCGCUCAACACACCAGGUAACCCCAACUCCGUCAUGAGUCCGGCUGGAGCCUCUUCUCUGGAGGACCAGCAGUACAUGGAGAAACUCAAACAGCUCUCCAAAUACAUUGAGCCGCUGCGCCGGAUGAUCAACAAGAUAGACAAAAAUGAAGACAGGAAGAAGGACCUUAGUAAAAUGAAGAGUCUUCUGAACAUCCUGACUGAUCCAAACACCAGGUGUCCUCUGAAGACUCUGCAGAAAUGUGAAAUUGCUUUAGAGAAGCUAAAGAACGACAUGGCCGUGCCGACGCCCCCGCCCCCUCCAGUCCCCACCAAGCAGCAGUAUCUGUGCCAACCGCUGCUGGACGCCGUCAUGGCCAACAUCCGCUCCCCGGUCUUCAACCACUCCCUGUACCGAACCUUCGCCCCCGCCAUGAGCGCCAUCCACGGGCCGCCCAUCACGGGCCCCAACGUUUCCGGCAGGAAGAGGAAGCACGAGGACGACGAGCGGCAGACCAUCCCCAACAUCCUGCAGGGAGAGGUGGCUCGCCUUGAUGUCAAGUUCCUGGUCAACCUGGACCCCUCGUUCUGCAGCAACAACGGCACCGUGCACCUUGUCUGCAAACUAGACGAUAAAAACCUGCCCAGUGUCCCUCCUCUGCAGCUCAGCGUCCCUGCUGAUUAUCCCGAUCAGAGUCCGUACUGGGCCGACGACGGAGAGCAAUACGGUGCGAACAGCUUCCUGCAGACGGUCCACAGAAACAUGACGUCCAAACUGCUGCAGCUGCCAGACAAACACUCGGUGACGGAGCUCCUCAACACCUGGGCUCAGAGCGUCCGCCAGGCCUGUCUGUCCGCGGCCUGAAGCCCCGUCCGGCCGCGAGCUCACCUGCAGCCACAGCAACUGACACACCGUCUCCACGGACGCGGCCGCUCAUUUAAGGACUGUUAUAGGAGAGACUGCAUCACUUGCGUAUGACUUUAUUCCUCGUGCAUUCUGGGUAAUUUUUUUUGGCCUUGUUUUCUAAACCUGCCGCUCGCUCAAGUCGGCGGUCAGAGACUGCACCCGCUGCGUUCAGAGGUCCAUUAGUCAGACGGCAGAUCUGAUAUGUAGACAUGCAUGUUUCUGACACCGCUUAUAUUCCCGCUCCCUGAAUGCAUCACGAGUCUGUUCCUGUUAGGUUAGAGAAGGAACCAGUUUCCCUUCUGCAGACAGGAACGCACAGGUUUGUCUGUUAUGUAAAUGUUUUUCUAUCAUUAAUAAAAAUCUGUUCAGUUCCA